AUGGAAGCUCUCUCGCACGCCAUCGCGCGCCCGUCACGGUCCGGCCUCCCACCAGCCGCCAUUGGCGUCAGAAGUAACCGCGUAAGCUCCGCCUUAGCCGCUCCCUCGUGGUCGCCUCCGCGCCUGCUCCUGCGGGAUCCACGACGGGUCCUCUCGGAAAGUUUUCCGUCGUUGUCAUUACCCUAUUCGCUAACGUUCGCCAGGGGGCCGCGCGCCAUACCGGCCGGCAAUCGCGUCGGUGGCGGAAACCGUAGAGGGAGCAGCAGCGGCGGGAAUGGUCAUAGGAGACUCUGCGCGCGCAACAGCACUGGCGCAAUGAGCGAGGGGGAGCAGCAGCGCGCGGGUGUUAGGUUUCCGCUUCCGCGGAGAGGAUUAUGGCGCGCGGAGGCGGCGGGGGGAGCGGGCGGAAGGCGCGCUGUGCUCGCGCGGUCGUACCGGUGGAGCGACGACGACGUGGUGGCGUUUGGCGGAGGUGUGGAGGGAAAGUUCGAGGAAGCUGUGGCGCUGUUCAACGAAGGGCAAUUCUACAAGUGCGUGCGGGCUGAGAGGGGGGCGAAAGCGGGGGGAAGGGGAAGAGAAACGGGGAAGUCCUGUUGGGUCUCCGUGCCGUCUGCUUGGGGUGAAUGGAGGUGCCAUGACCUACUGGAGGAGAUGUGGCAUCAGUCAGCGGAGCCGCAGCGAGGCAUGCUGCACGGGCUGCUGCAGUGCGCUGUGGGCAUGGUGCAUCUGCUCAACCAGAACCACAGCGGAGCCAUGAUGGAGUUUGGCGAGGGGGUGAACAAGCUGCGGCGCGCCAUCGCCACCACGGGGGGCGGGGGCCCCUCGGGCAGCUUUGCAGCGUUUGAGGCGGAGGCGGGCGCUGUGCUGGAGUUCAUCUACAACACUCAGCUCGAGUUUGCCGCUUGUUCUGAGGUGGAGUGCGUGACAAUGGACGGGUCAGCAGAAAGCUACUCUCUGCUGGGCGACUACGGGGCAGGGCAGCAGCUGUACCGCAUCCGCACGGACCCCACCACACAGCACCGCUGCCUUGAGUUCUGCUCGCUGCUGCCCUUCCACCAGGCUGUAGUGGGGGGCGGUGCAGGGAGUUGGAGUGAGAGUGAUGGGGAGGGGGGAGGGGGGGUGAGGGCGGGGGUGACGAGGGCGUCGGUGCCGCUGCCACGGCUGACAGCCACAGAGGAAGAGCUUAAAAGCCUCGCGUGGUGA